AACUGACCAAUGCGGUCAAGACUAAUGUGCAAACAAUCUACCGUGCUGAUUAGUAAACGAGCUGCCAACAGGAACACCAGCUGAGGGGUAGCGAGAGGAGAAAAGCAGAACAUAUGAUGUUUAGGAUACAUUUUAAAAUGUGUAGGCGCCGGGCCCUUCUGACCGGCUACGUUCUACUGAUGAUCCAGCUGCUGUGUUUAGAGGCAGUGCCCAUCAGUAUAGAUAAGAUAAAAGUCCAAGAGGCAGAGGAUAAACCAGAAGAGCCUGUAGCAAGUGUGGAUACUGGACUCCACUAUGACCGCUACCUCCGGGAAGUCAUCGAUUUUCUAGAGAAAGAUCAGCAUUUCAGAGAAAAGCUCCACAAUACAGACAUGGACGAAAUCAAGCAAGGUAAGCUGGCCAAGGAGCUCGAUUUUGUCAGUCAUCAUAUCAGAACUAAACUGGAUGAGCUGAAGAGGCAGGAGGUAAACCGACUACGAACCCUGAUUAAGGCCAAGCAAGACCUUGAAGGAGGGAAUGAUAUUGCAGUAGACCACCAGGCUCUGCUCAAACAGUUUGAGUACUUGAACCACAGGAACCCACAUACAUUUGAAGUGGAUGACUUGGAUCGGCUCAUCAGAACGGCAACUAAGGAUCUGGAAAACUAUGACAAAGAGCGACACGAGGAGUUCAAGAGGUAUGAAAUGAUGAAAGAGCAUGACCGACAGGAGCACCUCAAAACACUGGAUGAGGAAGAAAGAAAGAAAGAGGAGGAGCACUAUGAGGAGAUGAGGAAGAAGCAUGCUGAUCACCCUAAAGUCAACCACCCGGGUAGCCAGAAUCAACUGAAGGAGGUGUGGGAGGAAGCUGAUGGCUUGGACCCUGAAGAUUUUGACCCCAAGACCUUUUUCAACCUGCAUGACACCAAUGGAGAUGGCUUCUUUGAUGAACAGGAACUGGAGGCAUUGUUCACAAAGGAGCUUGAAAAAAUUUAUGACCCCACAAAUGAAGAGGAUGACAUGGUGGAGAUGGAGGAAGAGAGGCUACGUAUGCGAGAACAUGUUAUGAAUGAGGUGGAUUCUAACAAAGAUAGGCUGGUCUCUUUAGAUGAAUUCCUGGUUGCUACAAAGAAAAAAGAAUUCUUGGAGCCAGAUAGCUGGGAGACCCUGGAGCAGAAUCAGGCUUACACAGAUGAAGAGAUGAGGGAGUUUGAGGAGCAUCUCGCUCAACAGGAACAUGAUCUCAACCAGAAGUCCGCUGACCUUCAGAAACAGAAAGAUGAGCUGGAGCGACAACAGGAACAGCUUAAUGCACAGAAAAUAGAGCUGCAACAGGCAGUUGAACAUAUGGAACGGCUGAAAUCACAGAAAGUAGAACACCCUCCAGAGGUUCUCGUUGAAGGAAAUGCAAUCCCAGAGAUGCAUCCACUUGACAACCAGUUGCAUCCUGAACAAGAGGCGCAGCAACAAGGGCAUCAGCUUACACCUGACACUUAUCAAGAUGCACCUCAGGAACACCAUAAUCAAGACAUGUCUCAACAAGGUCUCCCCCAGACACACCAGGAUCUGCCACCAGGCCACCAAGAAGUUGCACAAGGGCAGCAUAACCUGUCAUAGAAAUGUAGUCAAAAUUUGAGCCCCCACAACCAGACGUUUGCAGCGCUGCCACAUCAGCAUACAGAGGAACAGUCCCCCACCCCCGAGUAUUAGGCCUCUUCAACCAGCAUGACUUAGGUGUUUAGAGGACACUUGAGAUUAAGGUAAGCAGCACAAAAGGAAUUCCCGUUUAAUCGUGCCACUGUUUGAUAGUAACUGUAAUCUCUGGAUUACAUAGAACUAGAAAAAAAAAAACCCAAGGAAGUUCAUUAUAUAAUGGUCUUACUUAGUUGUGAUUGAUUACAACAGAAAUAAUGAAGAAUGUCUGGUAAUAAUUAUACCAAAAAGGUUAUUUUGUUGAGCUUUCUUGACCUGUUCUUUGCUGUUCAAAGUACAGAACUUCCGAAAAUGUCAAGCUUCUGCCUUAGCAACCAGAUAGGUUUGAACCAAGAUCCUGUUGGUGGAUAUGUACUGUACAGUGCAGCUAUUAAGUGUUAAGGUGUAAUUUUUUAAAUCUAUUUUAUUAUCAAAAUACCCCCCGAUAUCUUAAAAAGAGAUUACUUGCAGUGGACUAUGUUACCAAACAUUUCAAAAAUUAGUGCAAGAGCCAUUUUUAAUUAUUGCAUUAAGAAGAAAAUGAGGAAAAAAAAUAAGAGGCACUACAGCAGUGUGGAAAAAGAUUUGUGAAAAGAUUUUUUUUUUUAAAGCAGAUUAGGGUGCAGUCAGAGCUUUGUGGAAAAUGCAUUUUUUUCUCCAGCUGCCACUUGUCAACAAGUUUGUUUUUCAAGAAAUUAUUUAAUACUUCUGCUACUUUCUUAAUGUUUACUCUGGCUGCUGUUGUAACCUCUUUACCUACAGUCAAACAAAAUUUUUAAUGUACAGUAUAGUUUAUUCAGCUGUUUUAAAAAAAAAACAAAAAAAAAAACUGUGCUCUGCCCAAACAGGACUUUUGCAAACAGUCAGCUGUGUGUGCUCUGCUGACUGAUGUUAAAGUAAAUUAAGUUUCUAUUUUCAUAAAAGUGAAAUCAAACAAACGCUCCCCUAUUUGCCCCGUGGAUGCUUAAAUGGAAGUUUGACAUUAGGUACAAUAUAGCAGUAUAUUUCUACAAAUAAUAUGAAAAAAACCCUGCUUUGAAUGGGCAAAUAUUAAAAUUGAAAUAAAUUUGCUCUGUUACACUUGGCAGCACAAUAGGCAUUUCAGUUUUGGUCUGUGUGCCAUUUAGGUUUUAUCAAUUAAGGUGUAGACAUCUACUCUGGUGUCUUUCAUCACAGUUGUCUACAGUACUUUGUUGAAGCCACUGCUAGAUUUGUUGAAUUUGUUGACUUAUUUGGGAAAAAAAGCUGACGUUUGAGUGAUUUAAGUCAGAUUUGUCAGCUUAAUUUUAAGUUCAGCUGAAGAGUGAUAUCAUAAAAGCCUAUUAAUUUGAUUUCUCUGCAUUCAGUUUACACCAUUUUGUUUGGCACCAGGUGCGUACUACAUGGCCCUAAUUUGAAAACAAACUGAAAAACAUGGCACAUUAUCCCCACAAAUGAACAGCUUGGUGUAGUUUCUGUGCUACCCAGGUUGCUUUCCUUGUGUUGUGGUUUCAUCUAGCCGGCAGAUAAGUGGAAAAUAGGUGUUAAUUUAUUGUCACUUUCUGAAAUAAGUCUGCUUUACUGUGGUUUUAUUUUAUACUGAAUUUGAUAUGGAAUACAUACUUUUUGCUGGCAUUAUUCUGUCUACGUGUUCUUUUGAAACAAAACUGCAUCAUAAUUUGCACAAAAUGUACAGGUGGUGUUUCAGAUUGCUUGCUGCUGGAUUAAAAACUGUACACCUCAGUUCAAGACAAUAAAACCAUUAAUACUGUUAA